AUGAUUAGAUUCGUGCCGUAUCAAUCGCAAGCGCAGACGGACGGGCGGCAUGUUCUACGUGCAUGCACCGCAUGCCGGAAACGCAAGAAACGUUGCCAUCAUGAUAAUUUUGCUCGUGGAAACAGUCGCAUAGACGACUCGCCACAUGAAGAGCGGCAGGUUCGCAAGAGAGCGCGGUAUCUUUCUUCUAGUAACCCUGUUGCUGGCGAUGAGGAUAGCCAUAUUUCCAAUAAUACUAUAGAUGCUCAAACCGAUGAAGAGAAUGGCGACGACGAUAACGACGGCGAAAGCGAUGGAGAAGCCCGCUUCGUCGGCCAUCUCAAUCCCGAAUCCGCCUUUCUCGCAGCAAUCAGUCCGACGCCCACAUCGGCACAGACGGAUAACAUAGGAGUAUGGAUUUCACGCCAGCCCGCAGCAGCAACAGAGCAGUCGAGGACUGGCACCGCGCCGGAGUUGACUCGAAAGAAUUCAAUGCCUGCUGCGGCCAUGGUUGGAGCGAGGGAGCUCCGUUGGGAGGAACUCACCUUGCAGCAUUUGCCUGAAGAAGCCGGGUUUCAGGCUCUGUAUACGAUUUAUCUCGACGAAAUACAUCCUAUAUUUCCAGUGAUUGACCGACACGCUAUGGAGGCUAUGCCGGUUACAAGCCCCGAAUGCAGUCUCCUACGACUGGCUGUAUGCAUCGCAGCCAGUGUGAACCCGCGGGCCAAAGAUUAUCUGAAGCCGCGAAGAAGCAAACAUUAUUACUCGUCGCGAGAGGGGCUCAUUAGGGAUAUGAUAUUCUCCCUCCGUCUUUUACUCAGCUUGGGACUGGUGAAGGAUAAGAUAGUGCUUGUGCAAGCGCUGUCCCUUGUAGCCCUGUUUACGCAAUAUGCAAAGGACCGCGACUUAUCAACAGAAUUAUCAGCAAGUGCAAUUGGUUACAGCCAUACCGCCGGACUGCACCUGGAGAACCAGGGCGGCAAAAGUCACGACGACGAGGGCCAGAGCGAAGAAGCUCGAUGUCGACUGUUCUGCUGUGUGUGGGCGUUGGAUAAGCUAAAUGCUGCAACGCAGGGACGACCGGUCAUGAUGCACGAGAGGGAUAUUGGAAGGAACGUGACAGAUGCUGUUAUGGUCCAGCAGCCGCCUUUUCAGCUAUUGCUUUGGAUAGUAGUGUUGCUAGACAGGGUCAUAGGGCUCUAUCGGCCACACCACACCGAGACUUCAACUUUUCCAGAAACCGAUUUCCCUUUGUUUGAGGAUCUGAUCGACAAGACAAAUGCUGCUCAUGUCAACAGCCGUUUUCUAGGCACCGCAGAGGUCCUCUACCACUCAGUGGCAAUGCUAGCCUGCCGUGUAAAAUCCCUGCACGAGCCCGCUACAGCCUCUGCAGCUUCCCUCCGCCAAAGCCUCUCUGCGAUCAAGGCUACAUCAAUCGUGUCCGAAGGGCUGGAAACGUUCCUGAGCAACCUGCCUAUCAUUCCAUACGCCAUUUCCCUUUCACUGCGUGUCGCGUAUCGAGACCUGCGCACUAGUCGCUCUUCCAUGUUGCGAGAGCGAGCAAAGAAACAGCUGCUAGCCAACUCAAAGCUUCUCCAUCGUUUGGGAAGUAAAUUUGGCUCUGUUACCGCAUUGGCCAAUAUGGCAGAGCAGAGUAUCCAUAAAAUGGAUAGGCAGAGCCAGCAAAUAUCUACUUCUCUACAAACUGAUGAGCCAUCGGCUGCCACUGCCACGGAUCCAUCAGUGUUUGGAUUGCAUCCUAGUCAUGAAACGAGAACAAACACUGCAGCUACCAACGCUGCACAAGAGUCAUUGAUAUCUACUACCGAGUCUGAUGACCGGUCAGUCUCUGAAAGGAUACCCCAUGAGUUUGGCCCUAAUGAGCUCGAUUUAGAGAAUAUGGAUUUGUCUGUUUUUGAUAGCAUGUUUAAUUUGGACAUGUUUUCGACCUUUGAAGUGCCUGAGGAGUGGUCAUGA